AAGUAACCAAAAAUAAAAAAGACUAUACUCGCAAUAAACAAUAACAACAAUUUAAAAACAACGCAAAAUUUCCACGGCAUUUACUAAAAAUGGUUAUGCUAAAAAUACAACGAGUUACAACGGUGUCAGUGUCGUCGGUACGCCACGACAAUGCUAAAAUCACUAUGACAACAACAACAACAACGCACCCCUGCGUUGCUACAACUACAGUCAACAUGUGUGCUACUGCAACUACGACAACAACAACCACAUCAGCAGGCAUUUUACGUAAUAGUUUGCAUAGCUCAAUGCCAGCGAAAAAUAAAACUGCAACGUUAACGCUUCCGACACCAACCAAAACAACAUCAACAUCAACAUCAACACCAACAGCAACAAAAACCCGCAUUAACCGAAAAAUCGCCCACAGCAUCGACGACAGCGACACAGAUAGCAAUGCAAGCAUUGUGCAAACGGCGCGUCACCUGCUGUCCGUCACUAGUUUCAACAGUUGGCGCAACUGUAUUGUUGGCCUUAUUACGCUGUUGGUGUUCACAACAACGUUCAGCAUCAGCGCCGGUCAAAUCGAUUGGGAUGAUGAUGACGAUCCAGUUUCCACCGUCGCCGUUGAGGCUGUGCUGGGACGCACCGCAACGCUGCCAUGUGACAUUGAGCCGGAAGCGAAGGAUGACAGAGUUUAUAUGGUGCUGUGGUUUCGUGAGAGCGCUGGCAAACCACUUUACAGCUUUGAUGUUCGGGGGAGAGGUUUCGAAAAGGCUUUAUACUGGUCAGAUACAAAUUCAUUUGGACCGCGCGCUUAUUUUGUAACGAAUAAACAGCCAGCGAAAUUGACAGUCGACAAUAUUCAAUUGGAUGAUGAAGGCGUGUACAGAUGUCGCGUCGAUUUUCAGAAUUCUCCCACACGUAAUCAUAGGAUUAAUUUAACGGUUAUUGUUCCUCCACAUCAAAUUCUGGUUUAUGAUGCCUCAGGACGUGAUGUCGCCGGUGCUGUGGGUCCACUGCUCGAGGGCGACAAUAUUGUGUUGACAUGUGAAGUGCGUGGCGAUGGACGUAUAGCUUCUAUUCUACCUCUCGCAGCGCUUCUUACCGGCACUUUGUUCACCGUAGGCAUUGCGGUACUCUUCGUGGUGGUUAUUGCCGUGCGCAAGCGACGCUGUCAGGGUGGGCGAAAUCUUUGCGACGAUAAGGAUAAGCAUUUAGGUAUGGAUGUUACAGUGACUGCACCACUGGAGACCGGCGCCGGUCAUCAACGUUUAGUUGUUGCUUACACACUUAAGCAGGGCAUCGAAAAGCAACCGGAUAUUUUGAAUGCGCAAAAGAGUACAACCGGAAUUGAGACAUCAUCACCGCUAGGCAAUAGGCCGGGUGGUUUGUACCUGGCAGGAAGUGGUCCUGCGGGUAGUAAUUGUGGCGUUGCUGGCAAUAAAUCAAAUUUUACCACUGUGGCGAGCACAAAUGCAACGGCGGACUAUGAUACCGCCGCAAUCAGUUACAACGAUCCGGGCAGCACAAACGAUCCUCUCAACAGUCCACCUUCACAAUCAAGCACCUUAAAAUUGGGCUCGGAAGUGCGUAAGAACUAUCAAAGUCCACAGCAACCACUACUCUAUGACGCUUUGCCGCUGAGCCGUCACGACAUCUCGCGAUACGAUCCGCUUGGCCUCAACUACGGCGGCAGCAAUAGUACACUAAAUUCAGCAGGUAGUGCCGGUACCGCAUCCAAUAAUAUAAAUAAUACACCAACGGCUGGAACGACGUCCCAUUCUUUAAUGCAGAAUAAUCUGAGUAAUGGACAUUACGUCAAUCAUCAUACACUGCCGCAUCCAUCUGUCACAGCAGCAAAUUCCAGUCUACAUCACUUGCAACAACAACAACAGCAGCAGCAGCAGCAACAACAUCAAUCAACAUUGCCAGCUGAUGAGCAACUAUCCAUUGCCGACUAUCUGGCAGCAAGCAGUCUAAUCGAUUAUAAUUUAAGCAAAGCGGCUGCGGGCUUGCCACCCAGUAUGACAGGUGGCGGAGGUGGCAGUGCUCACAUGACAUUGCCCAAAGGUUUGGGCAUAGGCUCAAUACUGGGUAUGGGCGGUAGCAAUGGCACGCUAUUAACGCAAAGUUCGCACACAGCGAACACACAUACACCAACAGCAACGAUCACACAAAAAGCGAACGCAAAUCGGAAUCAUAUUAUUACGGACACAUUACCGGGUCCGGAGAGUUGUGUUUAAAAUGUGUAGAGUUAAAGAGAAAAAAAAAACAUGGAAGGAAACUUACUGAAAAUACUAAUAAGUAACUAAUACAUACCUACAUAUUUGGCGAAGAAAAUAAAUGAAAAGUUAGAGCGAUAACUAUCAAUAUUUUCGCUGAGUAAAAACAAAGACUGGUGCAAAACAAAUACAUACAUACUACUUAUGUAGUUGAAAAUUCUUGAAAAGCAGCGUACAUAUACUGUAUUGUACAAAUGCACAACCGCACACAAUCCAGUGCAAUUGUUUUGUAAGUCUAAAUAAACUAUAGAAAUAAAGUAGAGUGUAAAAUUUAGGAGAAUGCGAAAUGAUGGUAACAAAUAAAAAAAACACUUAACAAAACAACUAAUUUGAGAGGGUGGAUGA